AUGGCGGCGUCCUGUGGCCGCAACCUGUGCAGAAGAUGGCGAGGAAAGACGGGUUUAGUUCUAAAAAGCCCGUCUUCGGCUUGGUUUCCAAAGACUACCGUUCACACGUCCCCAGUCAGUAGAAACGGAUUUCUAUCAUCGCUGCACAAACGAGGCCUCCUGAAGGACUCUUUCCCCGAGACCGCGGCUCAGGUGGCGCUCCCUCAGCUGCUCCAUUCGGCCCAGCAGACCGUGUACUGCGGCUUCGACCCGACCGCCGACAGCCUGCACGCCGGACACCUGCUGCCGCUCAUCGCUCUGCUGCACUUCCGCAACGCAGGACACCACGUGAUCGCGCUGAUCGGCGGAGCCACGGCGCGGAUCGGUGACCCGAGCGGCAAAUCCAAGGAGCGAGAGGGUCUGUCGGCUAGUGUGGUCGAUAGUAAUGGCAGGUGCGUGAUGGAAAGCUUGCACCAGAUCUUCACCAACCACGAGCUGUAUUUCUGUAGCGAUCCGCAGAGACUGGGCUCCGUGCGCGUGCUGAACAACGCCAGCUGGUACCGGGACUGGAACGUGGUGGAGUUUGUGGCCGAGGCGGGACGGUGUUUCCGCAUGGGCACUCUGCUGAGCAGACACAGCGUGCAGUCCCGCUUAAAGAGUGCCGAGGGCAUGAGUCUCAGCGAGUUCUCUUACCAGCUGUUCCAGGCCUUUGACUUCUAUUACCUCCAGCAGGUGCACGGCUGCAGAAUACAGCUGGGGGGCACAGAUCAGCUGGGGAACCUCAUGUCCGGCCAUGAGUUCAUUCACAAAAAGACAGGAGAGGAAGUAUAUGGACUGACGGUACCACUGUUGACCACCUCAAUGGGAGAUAAGCUGGGGAAGACUGCAGGAAAUGCUGUAUGGCUGAACCGGAAUAAAACAUCUCCCUUUGAGUUCUACCAGUAUUUCCUGAGACUGCCAGAUAACAAUAUGGAACAGUACUUGAAGCUGUUCACCUUCCUGCCACUGGCCGAGGUGGAGAAGGUGAUGGAGCAGCAGCAGCAGGAUCCAGGCAAGAGAACAGCACAAAAACGGCUUGCUGCUGAGGUAACCAAGCUGGUGCAUGGCAAGGAGGGGCUGGAAAGUGCCAAACGAUGCACCAACGCUCUGUACCAGAGCAGCAUCGAGGCUCUGCAGCAGAUGGAUGAUGCUGAACUGAAGGAGUUGUUCAGAGGAGCUCCAUUUAAAGAGUUCUUUCUGGAGCCAGGUACCACAGUACUGGAUGCCUGCCGUCGGAGCCAGGCCAUUCCUGAAGGACCCAGAGGGUAUCAGAUGAUAACUGAUGGUGGUGUGUGGAUUAACCACCACAGGGCCUCAAACCCCGAGCAGAUACUAGUCCCAGGUCAGCACAUCCUCUCAAACGGACUCAGUCUGAUUCGAGUGGGAAAAAAGAACUUCUACAUCAUCAAGUGGCUGAGCAUGUGAUUCACAUCAUAGAUGUGGAAAAUUAGGAGUCUAUGCAGCUGAAGUACUGGACAUGUACUCCUAGUACAAGCCAAGUGAUGUUUGUGGAACCACAGGGCUGCUGAUCAGUGGAUUUUGGAAGGCUGCUGGCAAGAGGAAGAAACCGGCUACAAGGAGCCAUGUUGCAGUACAGAGAAAAAAUACUAUUAAACAGUGUAUCGUGUGUACACUGUCUCAUAUGAGUUUUGUCUCUGAAAUUUUAUACUACUCAAGUUAAGCACCAGGAAAAUGGUCAACCUUUUGGGUGAUUGUUUUAAAGUGCAGUUCUACGUCCGACCACAAGAUGUCAGUCGUGUUUUUUUCCUUGAUGCCUGUAAAUUUUUAAAUUCCUGUACAAGUUUCAUAAAUUAGAGCAACCCCUAUCCUGCACAGCUUGGUGUUUGCCCUCAUCUAACACUCACCUAGUUCAGGCUCAUCAGUUGAAUCAGGUGAGCUGAGACCCUGGGGGACAACAAUAAAAUUUACUGGACCAGGAUUGAGAAGUACCAUGUGAGGUGUAGUACAACCUUGUGAGUUGUGCUGUUGCAAUUUAACUCCUUUACAUUUUUUCCCUUUGAGUGUUUAAGUGAUUUGAAUUGCAAGUUAUUGUUACCCUUAAUAUGCUAUAAAUGCAAGAUGUCUCAGACAUUCUUCAAACUGUA